UGUCAUAUACAUUUAGUGGAGUACAGUAUUUCCCUCUGAACUGUAGUGGAGUAGAAGUAGAAAGUAGCAGAAAAAAAUAAUAAAAUACUGAACUUACUUACUUAAUACUGUACCUCGUACAAUAGUAGCAUUUAGUUUCCCCGCCCUUGCCGCCACGUAACAAACGGCACGUCGGCACGCCAAAAUGCAGCGCAUUUAAUGUUGGACGACCAAAACUUACACUUAAAAAAUAGUUAAGUCGAUCACCGGCAAAAUAACACUUUGAUGUAUUUUAUUUUAGGGUCGAUGUGAAUUAAUUAUACGUUUAACUAAACAGCGAUUCACACCUGUCAUUCGUCGAGUCAAACAAACGCCGAUAAAACGGUUUUAUUUUCACCCAAAUGAGCAAAGAGAAACUCCGUGUUAGUUCAUACUCGGGAGCCGGAAAGUAACUACAAGAAGGUAGCUAGGUAGGCUAAUGUUUAGCUUUAAUCAGAGGAGGUGCGCACUUUUCCGCAAAAGUUCAGAUGGCUGUACGCUGGCUAUGCAGACAUCCGUAAAAAUGUGCGCGAAUGUGUUCGGAGUUUUGAAAAGCCUCUUUGGGAAGCCCUUUGAUGGUGGGAAGAGGAUGGACCAUGGUGGCCCACAGCAGCAGCAACAACAUCCAAUGGAGCAGCAGCAGCCGUAUCAUCCGCAGCACCCUGCCAUGAUGCGGCUGUACGAGGUCCAGAAGGAGGUGGCGUCUCUGGGGCCUCAGGUCUGCACCUUCAGCGGCCUGCAGAACGACCGCGACUACAAGCGUCUGGAGCGCGAGCUGACGCGGCUGCUGCUGGACGUGGACCAGGUGGACACGGAGGGCAAACCAGAGCUGCAGGGGGCACGAAAGAGAGCAGCACAGGAGGUGGAGGGCCUCCUGCGCUACCUGGAGGAGAACAGCACUCAUCCAUCUCGUCUGGCCAUCGAGGAGCUGAGCAACGAGGCGCGGCGGCUGGUGGAUGAACGCGUGGUGGCUCCUCAACGUGGCGGCGGGGUGGCCGAAAUAAACGACGAGCUGGUGGAUGCUCUGCAGGAGCUCGUGCUGAGGCUCACCCAAGUCAAGACCGAGGGGAGAGUGCCACUCCGCAAGGCACGCUACCGGGCGCUGACACGCCUGUGCGCCAUACAGGAUGUGAUCGAAGGGCGCACGCAGCAGCAGACCCUCCCCUUGCCGUUGUCGGGGGACACCCACGAGGCCGUGCACUGCAUCAACCAGGUGAUGGUGAAGGUGAGCGUGGCACGCAGUCAGCUGGUGGCUCUGCUGAUGGGUCUGAGUGGGCGGGACAGCUGCGCCCACCUGUCACGAAUCCUGACGGAGAUGCAAGUAGAGCUGGACGCUCUGGAUGUUUCCGGGAACGCAGCGAUCAGAAAUUACCGGAAACAGGUUGUGGAGGAGAUAAACGGGCUGCUGAAACAUCUGGACCUGGAGGGGGAGGGAGACGACACACGCAGGUACGACUUGGCGCAGAACAACUCCAUCCGUGAGAUUGAGGCGGUGCGAGCUCACGUCUCCCACCUGCGAGAGGGCGUCCUGCGGCACUGCGUGAUGGGGGAUCUGAGCUUCAGGCCCAAAGCCGAGCUGCAGAGCCUCCUCACUCACCUGGACCAGGUGGACACGGCCAAGAACCCAUGCAUCAGAGAGGCCCGCCGCCGCGCCGUGGUGGAGGUCCAAGCCAUCAUCACCUUCCUGGACCUCCGCGAAGCCCUGGUCUGCCGCCAGCCAGGCCCCAGUGAGCACCCGUCGCACCGCGCCGUGUGGCUGGUCCUGGGGAGCCUGUCGGACCUCCAGGCCCAGGUGCUGGGCUUCGAUGGCAAGCGGGCAGACAAGAGCUACAUGAUGCUGGAGGAGCUGCUGACCAAACAGCUGCUGGCACUGGACGCCGUGGACCCGCAGGGAGACGAGACGACCAAGAUGGCGCGGAAGCAGGCGGUGAAGUUUGCCCAGAACAUUCUCAACUACCUGGACAUGAAGACAGACGAGUGGGAGUAUUGAUUCCUUAAAAAACACGGAUCACAGCGUGGUAGCCAUGUUGCUAGGCGGGGACACCGGAUGGGACGUCGCUGCAGGAAUGAAAGGAGCUGAUAAUGUGUGUAAAUAAAAAAAAAAAAAAAACUGGUACGUUAUCAUGGGCUGUAAAUAUUGACUCAAAUCCCCAGAAUGCACUGCAGCAGCGCUUUUCUUUUGUCUCUUUGUGGUAGUUGUGGCCGACCCUGCUGAGAACUCAACAACACAGAACUCCUUUGUGAAACACACUUUGAAAAACAUUUUUUUUGUGCUUUUUGAAGAUUUUCUUUUUAACUCUCCUGUGUGUGUGUGUGUGUGUGUGUGUGUGUGUGUGUGUGUGUGUGUGUGAGUUGUCAUCUGUUGUCGUUGUAUUUGGUGUGUGUGUGGUUGUUGAAGCCUGCUGCCAAAGCACUAAAUAAUGCCUGUUUAUAGUGGUCGUAUUCUCCAGACUGCACUUGAUAUUGAUGAUUACCCGAGUGUGAUAGAUUGCUUAACAGUGGCUUCCUCGUCUGGCCUGAUUAAUCUGUCAGUUGGCGAAAUGGAGACAGCCAAUGCAUGUGUUAAAUACAGUGACCUAAUUAGGGAGAGUCCAGAUUGUGGUACCUGUUAGUACUGUGCCUAUUUUGGGCGUUUAAAAUGUCAAAAAGUAUCAAAAAACGUCAAAUUACAGGAGCAUUUUUCUUUUAUGUUGCUGCAGUUUGUAUUGAAAUCAAAUUUGGUCUGAUUCUAUUUGGCAAAGCAGAUGGCGUGAACAAAUGUUAAAUGGGAAAUUAGUUUAAUCUCCAGUGAAAUGUGCUUUUACACAAUUGAGAAAGAUUUCUGGGCAUUUUAGAAGCAGCAUCAAAGGUGAAACAUUAGAGGCAGAGCUGAGGCGUUUUUCACAAACACGAAGCUGGAGUCGAAGCCAGGCAAUCUGUGUUUAAACAGAGAUGUAAUUAGAGAGAGAACAGUGGGAGUUUGCAUUAUUGAUGUAAGGUCACUCUCCACCCUUCGUGACCCCGUUUAUCACCUCAGCAUUUGGUCCCUGUCUCUGGUAGCGCUCCAAUCCACACGACUGUGGCAAACUCCCCAAAACCCUGAAAACCACAGCUGUCGUGGGCAACCGGUCAAAUGACAAAAGAAAAAAGUGUUGUGAGCCUCGUUACAGGUGAGAUACAGAAGCAUCGAUAAAGUUAGCAGCAAACUAAAAUCUGUGUCGAUGUUAUCUGGUAAGGCAGCCUGCCAGCUAUGAACAGGAUGUUUAACAGAGAGCAGGAUGUUUGAAAAGAUAAAAGUUCCUUUCCCCUCGCUGCUUGUGUAGCUGUUAGUCUGUAAUAUGCUUCAAAUGUUUGUUGUGACUUUGUAUGAUCGCGCUAGGCUAUAAAUGGAUCGGGUUUGAAUUCAGAGAUGGAGGGAGAGGAGGCGAAAUUUUUUGCUGUUGCUGCUGCUUUAGGUUUUUUGUUUCUACCCACUGCUUUCUACUGACGGAGAAGUGCGACGGUGAGAGGUCCCUGGGGAGAGGAAGAGGGAGAGGAAGGGAGGUUGAGGCGGUGAUAUCCACUGGAUUGACACAUCAAGGCUGAAGCUCACAGGGCCGACAGUCGGCCGCUGUGCGGUAGGGAGUAUUGAUGAUGAUCGCAGUCGACAGAGCCUUCUAGAAACUUCUCGAAGCUGCUGCUCGAGAAGGUGGGAGGGAGGGAAAGGACUGGAAGAGAAGUCCAAAUCUCUGUGCCUUUAUUUUCACCCUUCCCUUUGAACCGGUUUGUGUAAAAGCAGCCUUGUAGUGCAGCGACUGAAUAAGGAGCAAGCAGCUGCUCAUUUUGAUAUGUAUCAAUGCUAAAGAACUGAAUGUGUUUAUGGAGAGCACCUUGGCCAUUAUCGCCACGAGGAAUUUGCACUACUUGUCAGAAAUUGAGGCUUCGGUGGUGGUGUUCUGGUCAAUAAUUUGCUUUAACACAGACUGACAAUGCUCUUUGCAGCAGGUAAUAAAAUGAGUCACAUUGUGCUUUCACACUGCUAACAGCAUCGCUGAUGGGGCCGAUCCUUUGCUCUCAAAGCAAUUUAGCAACUGUAGCCAAAAUUCAACUGAUAAAACAGAAUAAUUAGCCGAUUUAAAUUACUCCACAGCUUCCCGCUGACCUCUAAAAAUGAAUAAACUCUUCUUGAAGAGAUGUUUUUUUUUUUUUUGAGACAUUCAUUUCUGCAGAAGGUUAUGAAUUUCAAAGCUCAUUCUUGACGUUGGAAACAACAAUCACACCUCAUUUCGUAGCUGCUCUGGAACUUUCAAUCAUAUCACAUGAUCUUUAAUCAGCAGAGAGAGUUCGCCCAGUUGUCGUGGAAAUAGAGGGGGGGUUUUUCUGAGCACAGGACUUUAAAACUGCUAUAAUCGAUGUUUUUAUGUUAAAGGAUCCAAUAUGCGUUAAAGAGGUCGCUCGUGGUGAUGAACCCACAGAGAAUUAUCACCUGACUCUGCAAUUCCCCACAGCUUUACAGAGCAUUUUAGCAUCCUUCAGCUCAUUAUUUUGGUUUUCCGGCAACUUUACUGUGUUGGUUCGCUCUCACUGCCCUCACCAGCGUCAUAUCCAGCAGCUAUUUUCAGCAAAAAAGCUCUGAUUAAUUCACUGUACGCUACCUGCUCAGCACCAAACCACAGCCAGACACUGUUACAACUAGCUGGUGAACGUAGCGGAGCAUUUAGCAGCUCAAGAGCCAGAUAUUUCCCUCAGGAGUUGGUGGAGACCUAAACAGAGCUAAAAGGAGAGUGAAGAUUGGACUUAAAUUCAUCAGGUGGACAGAAACAGGACUCCAAAGGAACGAUAAUGUUGCUCUAUAUCACCUGGAUGUGUAAACAGGCAAUUGUUUGUAAUAUAAACUUUAUAAGGUGAUAAUAAAUCAAUCAAGAAUCUAAGAAUCAUUUGACAACACAGGGUUACACAAUGAAAUAUAAUUUGAUAUAAGGUCAAUACUAAAAUAGAGUUUACAGCUUGUUGCGCUGCCCCCAAGUGGCCACAAAUCAGUUAAUACAGUUUUAACGAUAGGAAUUUAGACCAUUUCAAGAAUGAAGAAUAAAACUCAACUUUUAGGCCAACAUGGACGAGAAGUCUUUAGAGAAAAUGGAAAUUUGAACAUCUACACUUGAAGAAUAAUAUUGGGAAACUUCAGUUUUGUUGUGAAGGUUUGUUUUCAGCACUCAAAGUAAUAUCAGUUAAAAGUGUGGUUACAUCUUAUAUUAAAUGCCAAAGACAUAUACACUUGCAGUAUGUUAAGAUAAGAUUAUAUUAUACAGUUAAGACUGAAAGUUCAUCCAUUUUUUUAAACUACACAGUUACUAAAUGGACCUGGUGGUUAAGAUAGUUUCGUCAGCUAUUGUUCACAAGGUCAAGAAUAAACGUGCAAUCUCACUUUUUAAGCCAAUGUGAACGAGAUGUCCAUAAAGUGCUCAGGAAAGAGAAUGGAAAUUCUAACAUCUGCAAUACAUUUGCAUGACAACUGCUGGUGAAGAUCAUGUGAUAUGAUAGAAAGCUCCAUAACAGCUACUCAAUGGACCUUGAGGGGAGAUUGUUUUGUCAAGAAGUGGAAGAUUUGUUUGGCUCUAAUCAGUUUAUCAUUCUGUUUGCACUUGACAACUUGCUCAUGAAUUAAAAAUACCUCAGUGGGGAAAAAGCGAAGCUUUGGAUCUUAUCUGAUUGGCGGUUGACAGCUGACGAUCACAAAACGAUAAGCUGAGGCCAACAUUUCUUGGCCGACAAGGUUUUUCAGGUUCGUCCCUGUUCUUUCAGCUCUGUGGGAACGGUUUUCCUCUGACUUGUCGAUGCUCGUUACUCGCAGUGUGAAUGCAAACUAAAGGGUCAAAUGUCUCGGCAACAAGUUACUCAUGUGUGAUUAAAGCAACAAAGCUGAAGCAAAUCUUUGGGGUUUUGUUGCUUAUCCCAGCUGCUUAGAAGGCUGUCCUGUGUAUCACUGCUUUUUGAAAACACAAAAGCAUGUUCCAGUGAACUCCCACAGACCCUUUUUAUGUGCAUUAAGCUGCUGUCGGAAGCAUUUUCUGGCACGUAGCCUGCAGCUCGGCCUCCUGGGUAUGGACCUGAGUCAUACGGGAGAAAAUUAGAUUAAACAGUGUUCAUUAAACAUCGUCAGCCUGCCUGGCUGUUAUUGCAACAGAUGCUUUGUCACAGCGAACCUUAAGCUUUCUCAGACCAAACCAACCCGAACACACCUUAAGGUCACAUGCUCUUUUUUGUAUGCAGUAACAUAAAAAUGUACAUUUAAUCCUCACAGUUCACUGCAUUUCUGUACAUUGCUUCCUUUUUAAACAUUCAUUUGAAUUAUUUAUCAAAAGUUUUACACUAUAUAAAGAAAUGUUACUUAGAUCUUUUUCUGUCUUGUCAUCAUAGUGUCUCGAAGCCUCUCUUUUUUUUUAAUUCAGUAUUAGUCGCGCCUCCAUGAGUGGGCGUUCUGGCAACUAUACAAAUUUAUAUUCUGUGGUUCAUAACUUAAAAAGGAUGAUACGGUAAAGCACCAUUUUCUAAAUGUUUUGCUGAAGUGAAGGUUUUUGAAUCUAUGCCAGCAAAAUGCAGCAAGUAACCCUUAAAAAAUUCCCAAAUAUCACCACUGCUCCUCUUAAUCUGUGCUGUAUAUAUAUGGACCCUGGGCCUAAGUAGAUUUACAAACCAAUUUCACUUCUGAAUUAAUAAGAGUUGGAAUUGAUUGAUUGAUUGAAGAGUAUUUUGAUGCAUUUUUGCGGCCGUAUGUGUUUAGAAAGGACAAUGGAUUUUAUAGGUCUAAAAGAAGGCGUUAAUGUAUUUCUACAUCAACUAGUAUGUCCCUGCAUGAGUGUGAAAGUUUGUCAAAUGACUGGUUUGUACAUAAGUCAGGUCUAGGAAAAGUCACAGAGCAACAUUUAAAAUGAUACGGCUGUAUUCAGACCAAAUCAGGUGUUGCGGCGAAAACACCAGUCCUCCCAUUCAUUUGAAUGUGGGUAGUGCGUUUAGGCUGCGGCGGUUGGGAUGCUGAAAAGAAAUGCAGCGGCCCUGUGGCGAAAAGUUGAAACAGAAUCAACUUUUGGAGAAACGCAACCCAACGUUGCGCUGCCGUGGUCAAUCACUUAAGCUGGCAGAAGACGCCCACGGGAAGAAGAACCUUGUUUACCACGCAGCAUUGUAGCAUUCUGCUGUUUACCGAGCAACUGUGAAGAAGGAAGAGAGACUGAGCUGAAAACUGUUCUUUGGCAACACAUGUCAAAUGUCAUGCCAAUAAAGCCUAUUGAAUUGAAUUUUGAGAGAGAGAGAGCGCAGUGGUGGUCGAGCGAGCUAGAGAGUGAAUGAAGAGAGGGAGCAGUGGUAGCGAGAAAGCCGUUGAAUCAGAGAAAUAAAACGUUAUUUUCUGAUUGUUUCACAGCGGUUACGUUCUAAAUCACAAAUAAACACCGGCGCACAACCUUCCUCUAAUCUCCGCAACGCUUGAUUUGAUCUGAAUACAGCUUAAGGCUGCCGAUAUUCCUUUCUCUUAUUUUUGUUAUUCCAUGAAAAGACCAAAACCAAGAAUGUGUCUCUCAACAAACCAACGCAAAUCUUUAAAAACAGGCAAUGAAUAUUUAAUUUUUUUAAAAGGCUCAGUAAUUAACUAAAACAGCUGGUCACUGUAGUUUUUAGCAAAUGCUACUCAAUAAAUUUAAUUUUUUUUUGAUACUCACCGUCUGAUGAAGCCAACAAAACCACAUCAUCUGCAAAGAGAAGUAAUUCUGAGGACACUUCCCCUGGCUGUGCCUUGAGAUCUUGUCCAUGAAAAUCCUGUCCUUGAUGUGUUUUUAAUAGUUUUUGGACAACAAUGGAGCUCUGUGGCACAGAAGAACAAGAUCUAUCAGGCUUUGAUACACACACAAUAGUUGUUAGCGCGAUACAUUCAUUGUUGGUUUUGGUCUUUUCAUUAGAUUUGUUGACAGGAAGAAAAAUGUUACCAGACUUAUUCUGGUAAGUUGUUUCAACACAAAAAGCUUCAGAGAGUCUACUCUUGAACAAUUUUGUACCUUUCUUUAAAUACUUUUUUUUUUUUUUUUUAAAGAGGACAUUAAGUUUUCUGAGAAAGAUGUCACUUAUUCCAAAAAGUGGUUAGGUUAGGUGGUUUGAAUUUGAUAAAUUUGAAUCAGUAUUCAAACCUGUAAUCCUAAACUAAAAUAUUCGGUUUUCCUGUUCCUCCUGCCUGUAUUCACAGUCCUAUUCCCCAACACACAGCUGGACCGCUAAAAGCAGCUCGGGGUCAUCUGGAGUGUCUGAAUGGUGGCAGUUGGAGUCCAUUAGUCAAGAGUUUAAAAGAUUCAGAUCCAGUGGGUAUUGAAAGGUCUGACUUCUAGCAGGCCUUUACAGAACAAUGCAUUUACAUAGAGCACCAAAUGGAUUACGUGACUUGCAGAUUCAAUGGUUUAAAGAUUUCAUUUUCCUGCCCUAGAUUGAAUGUAGUCAUUGAGGAAUGUUUUUGUCCUUGUAUUUCAUAGUACCAAAGUUGAUUUCAGUAAGGAGAGAUCAAUUGGAAAUAAUACUUAUUAGGAAUUGAGAUGGCAACAGAAAGGUUUUGGUGAUUGUAAUUGAGCCUUCAAUUUCCUGGGACAAUAUGUUGAUUAUGCUGGCGAAGAGGAAGGUGGAGGGUUGUACAAAUCUGACAAACUGGGUGACAGAAACUUAACACCAGCUGAAAACCACACCCAAAAAUGAUGCUGGGUGUGGUUUCAAUUGCAACAAACGCACAACUUUUAACCAGAAGAGGUCAGUGAAACAAUGCUUUUGAGCUUGUCAUUAGUUUUAAAGAUCAGCGGCCAGUUGCACCAGGUGAACGCAAGUUUGAGUCUAAAGUCAACACUAACUGCUACGUUUUAACUAGUUAGUUUCACACAAAACUAAGCAUUUUGUUCAUUUGCACUUAUGUUACAACUCAUCGAUCUUUAUCAAAACAUUGGGCAUCAUGUAAGAACUAUUCAUAUUCUUUUUCUAAACCUCUCUUACUUUUUUCUGAGAGGUUUUCUCAUAUGAGUGUUUCAAUUCGUAUUCAGCAAACCCUUGUUACUACACAAACUUGUCGUAAGUCACUCGUUUCGUUUCAGCCUGAUGACAUGGCAUGUGAUCAUUAACGUAGUCAACUCCCAUAAAUUAACAUAUAAGGCUGCCUGUUCUGCUCUGUUUGUGGACAAGUUUUAUUCACUAAAAUGUCACUAAAGAGUAAAAAGAAGAAUUUCCCACUGCUGAUCUUCAUGUGCUGUUUUUUUAGAAAUCAGCAGACAAAAACAAACAUUUUAGCAGUGUCAAUUGUGGUAUUAGGAAACCCAUUUCAGAACAAAUCUUAAAAGGGUUUUGUUACCUCUGGACAAAGCAGGCUAGCUGUUUCCAGUCUUUGUGCUAAGCUAAGUUACCCGGGCUGCUAGCGGUAGCUUCAUAUUUAACGUACAGACAUGAGAGUGGUAUCAAUCUUCUUUCCCAAAAUGUCAAACUAUUCCAUUAAAUUAUAUCUUAAGUCUAUGUUGUAACUAACUUGUAUAGACUCCUCCGCUAUGUCGCUAUGUCCAAACUAAGCUACGUUUGAACUUACAUAUAGCUGGUGCAACUUCCCGCUCGAUCCAGCAAUCGAUCGUACAACCCAGGACGAAGGUUGAUUAGAUGUGGGGAUAUGACAGGAUGUUAGAAAGCAAAAAUGAUGGAGAGGCUGGGAGUUUGAUAGUAUAAAUCCAGCUAGAAAUAAAAGAUAUUCCUUAUUGAGCUUUAUUUAAGCGCACUUUCUUAUGUUCCUUAGUCACUGUUUGUUAUUACUGCUUUGCCUUUCUUUCUGCAAAUGACAGGAAUGUGUUCUGUGACUGAAAAGGUAUUGCAUUUCUUCUUUUCCAAAUAUGUUUUCUUAAGUCGCCUUUAAAUGCAUUGAUUGUGACAGGCUUUUGCUGUUUCUCCUCCGAGACGCGCUUGUACAAAAAGCACACUGAGACUGGAAAAAACAAGCUGUGUGAAUGCUCCAUGGAUGGUUGUGUUUUGAAUUUGUAUUCCCACUUCAAAAUAAAGACAGCGUGUCUUGA